CAUGGGAGUCACUUGUGUGUCCCAGAUGCCUGUGGCAGAAGGCAAGAAUGUUCAGCAGACUGUGGAGCUUCUCACCCGGAAGUUGGAGAUGCUUGGGGCUGAGAAACAAGGAACAUUUUGUGUGGACUGUGAAACUUACCACACAGCUUCAUCUACCCUUGGUAGCCAGGGUCAAGCUGGGAAGCUGAUGUAUGUGAUGCACAACUCAGAGUACCCUUUGAGCUGCUUCGCUCUCUUUGAGAAUGGCCCUUGCCUUAUUGCCGACACCAACUUUGAUGUGCUCAUGGUGAAGCUCAAGGGUUUUUUCCAGAGUGCCAAAGCCAGCAAGAUUGAGACCCGGGGUACUCGAUACCAGUACUGUGACUUCCUAGUGAAGGUGGGCACAGUCACUAUGGGGCCCAGCGCCCGGGGCAUCUCUGUAGAGGUGGAUUAUGGCCCCUGUGUGAUAGCAAGUGACUGCUGGAACCUACUGCUUGAAUUCCUACAGAAUUUUCUAGGCAGCCACGUGCCUGGGGCUCCCACAGUAUUUGGGAACAGACAUGAUGCUGUGUACGGCCCAGCGGAUACUAUGGUCCAGUACAUGGAACUCUUCAACAAGAUCCGCAAGCAGCAGCAGGUGCCGGUGGCUGGAAUCCGUUAGUGUAGCAGCUGCCUAGUGCAGCUGUGCCAUCAAGGGGACUCCACAGGAGGAGGAGGUGCUG